CUGAUGGAAGUAGGAGAAGAUGAAAUUGACCAAAUAAGUAGUAUGAGGGACCCAAAUGAGCAUCAGGGAGACCUUGGAUGCGAGCUAACGGCACUCCGGGUGCGAGCGUGGACUUGAGGCGGCGCCACUGGACGGAUGGCUGAGCAGGCCUCACGCAUUAGCCGGGAGUUGGAUGGGCCGACGGUUCUGUCCUAAACUUGGAUUCAUGGAGCUCCCACACGUGAGAGGGACUUGAUCCCGGGGGCCAGGGAUGGCCUCCCAGAGCCCCUCCCCCUCCCAGCCUGUCAUCCUCCCGACAGAAGAGGAACCGUACUGACCACACUGGUUCCCUAACAUUUCCUCAAGAAUGUCCCUUGCCAUUGGGCAGAUGUCAGCCAGAGCAGGAGCUCAGCUCUGCUAAAUGUCAUCGUGGUACGUCAGGUGGCCCUGGGAGUGGCAAAGAGAACGAGCAGGUUGUAGGCCAGCACUAGGAAUCAAAAGUAAAGGAGUUCUACAAGCCAGGGAGGGCUUGGAGGCCAAGAAGCAAAGGACAUGACCAUUGGGGCGGUCAGGGCCACUGGAUACUAGCCGUUGAGAGUUGGGACUGAGGAUUUUCAGCCGAUGAGGUCCUAGGAGGUUCAAGCACCAUUGCGCCUCGAUCCUGGACAGGUGGUUUGGGGAGCACACUAACAGGCCCCAGGUCUCCCUCUAGGGCAGGAUGGCCCAGGAUCUCAGUGAAAAAGAGCUGCUGAGGAUGGAAGUGGAGCAGCUGAAGAAGGAAGUGAAGAACCCACGUGACCCGAUUUCCAAGACAGGGAAGGAAAUCAAGGAUUACGUAGAGGCCCAAGCAGGGACGGACCCUCUUCUCAAAGGCAUCCCAGAUGACAAGAAUCCCUUCAAGGAGAAAGGCGCUUGUAUGAUAAGCUGAUGGUCUGGAGCACACACACCCCCUUCUCUGUCCCUCCUCAGCCAGGCCCACGUGUUCCCGGAUACCCAGGGACUAGUGCUUACCUCCUCUUCCACAUAAAACGAGUAAAGAUACUGGAAAAGACCAACAAACAAAAA